UAUUUUACAGAAACAUUGAUGAUGUGGACAAGACAAUGGAUGAGAUCAACGAGCAGACUGAGAACAUGAAACAGAUUCAGGAAGCACUGUCUACUCCUAUUGGCACAGCAGCUGAUUUUGAUGAAAAUGAACUGGAGGCAGAGCUCGAGGAAUUGGAGGGAGCUGAGUUGGAGGAACAUCUUACUGAUUGCUUCCAUCAUGUGGAAAUUUUGACAUUGUUUUUUUCUCUUUCUGGGUUGUCUUCUAACAGGAAAUGCCUUUUGGAUGGAAACUUUUUAUAAGUAUACAUCUCUGCCUGCUUCACUUUAAGGAAUGUUUCUUAUAGUUUAAAUUUACAAAUUUA